AUGCAUCGAGAUAUCGAUGAUGUUUCUCUCUGCAGCGUCCAAUCAGAGAGUCGGAUCGGUGAUGAUGUCACUGUGCAGGUGCCAUCAGGCCGAGAGGAAGAGGAGGAGGAGGAGGAGUAUUAUGAUGAAGAAGAUGAUGAUGAUGAUAAUGAUGAUGAGGAGUGGGCGUGGCGUUCAGCGGGAGAUCUGACCAAACGCUACAACAAUCUGAGCUGUCAGUCCAACAGACAGAAUCCGUCCAAUAAGAUGCUGCCGUCGGCUCCAUCGGACAAAUCUCUGAGGAAGUACGAACACAAGAUCAACCUGGACAAGCUGAACUACGCCGACUCGGUGAUCAACAAGGUGAAGUCGAUGCAGAAACAGAAAGACGCCGACACGUUCAGAGUGAAGGACAAGUCGGACCGCGCCACAGUGGAACAGGUUUUAGAUCCUCGGACCAGAAUGAUUCUCUUCAAGAUGUUGAGUCGAGGCGUCAUCUGUGAAAUCAACGGCUGCAUCAGCACCGGCAAGGAGGCCAACGUGUACCACGCCGGGACGGCGGCCGGAGACAGUCGAGCCAUCAAGAUCUACAAGACGUCCAUCCUGCUGUUCAAAGACAGAGACAAAUAUGUUAGUGGAGAGUUCAGGUUCCGUCACGGUUACUGUAAAGGAAACCCGAGGAAGAUGGUGAGAACCUGGGCCGAGAAGGAGAUGAGGAACCUCAUCAGGCUGCAGACGGCAGGGAUCCCGAGUCCAGAACCUCUGCUGCUCCGGAGUCACGUUCUGCUGAUGAGCUUCAUCGGAAAAGACAACAUGCCGGCGCCGCUGCUGAAGAACGCCUCGCUGUCGGAGUCCAAGGCCCGCGAGCUCUACCUGCAGGUUCUACAGAACAUGAGGAGGAUGUUCCAGGAGGCUCGGCUGGUCCAUGCAGACCUCAGCGAGUUCAACAUGCUAUAUCACAACGGAGACGCUUACAUCAUCGACGUGUCUCAGUCGGUGGAGCACGAUCAUCCUCACGCUCUGGAGUUCCUCAGGAAGGACUGCAGCAACGUCAACGAGUUCUUUGUGAAUGUUGUCAUGACACUGUUUGAAUCAAUCCAUCACCUGCCACAACAUGGACCAGUACCUGACCAAGGUGUGAUAGAUACUGAUGGAGACAUAUCUAACCCCCCAGGUGUGAUAGAUACUGAUGGAGACAUAUCUAACCCCCCAGGUGUGAUAGAUACUGAUGGAGACAUAUCUAACCCCCAGAUACUGAUAGAGACCCUGACCGAGGUCAGUCACUACGAGAGAGACGUGGACCUGAUGAAGACCAAAGAGGAGGAGUCAGCUAUCAGUGGUCACCAUGACAACGUUCUGUACCAGACGCUGACCGGACUGAAGAAGGAUUUAUCUGGAGUCCAAACGGUUCCUGCUCUGCUGGAGGACGAUCAGUCUUCAUCCUCAGAGGAAGAGGAGGAGGAGGAAGGAGAGAAAGAUGAAGAAGAUGAGGAUGAGGAGGAGCAGACUGAAGAAUCUCAGCUGGACAAAAAGGAGAAGAAGAAGAUGGCGAAAGAAGCUCAGAGAGAGAAGAGAAAAACCAAAGUACCCAAACACGUGAAGAAGAGGAAAGAGAGGGUGUCCAAGAUGAAGAAAGGCAAAUGAGGACUUCCUGUCUGUCUCUAAGGACUUCCUGUUUGAACUCAUCAAACAGAAACAAACAAUUGUUUUGAGUUUGCAGAGAAACUUUUAAUAAACGUGUAAUCACCUUCA